AUGUCCUCUGUCGAUCUCCAACAGCUCUAUCUCGAAAACGUCUCCUCGAUGAACAUCAUGUACAAGCCCGGUCUCGGUGAAUUCCUCUGGGCCGUCGUCACGACACCGUUCGGCAUACCUGUCUGUCUCGGGCAUGCGUUACUCCGCCUCCUGCUCCCACCAGCGCUCUCAAGUUCCUUCGAUACCUCAGUCGCGAAGACCCUUGACCUCACAUUCUUCGGACAAAUCCAUGUCAUCGGCCAUCUUCUGCUCCUUAUACUCAUCCCCUCGGUGUUUGGGGCAGCCUAUGCACGUUCUCAGGGCAUACGACGCCCCCGUAUACUCUUGUAUGCUCAAAUGGCCUCCCUGAUUAUUGUCAAUCUGGUGACGGGCCCGCUCGCCCCCCUUUUUGUUCCUACUAUUGGGGCGGCAAUCGGCUUCGUUGGCGGGCUCUACGCGGACAUGCGACUGGACGAACUUGAUGCCAGCCAGCUGGAUGACUCUCUGCUGUCCCCUAACGCAGCUGCUAUAGCAGGGUGGUAUGGCUAUGCGCUUGUGUUCCUCACCUGCAAGUUCCUGCACGCAUUGUGGGUAUUCUCCAAGGAACAAAGCCAGCCCACGGUCGGUCUGCGUAUUCAAACCGACAUCUCUGGUGUACUUCCAUUUGAUGUCUUGCCGCUGGAACUUGAGGACGUGGCGCGAGACUGA